AUGGCUAAUUCAAAGUAUGCAUCAACCCGGGAAACUACCAACCUUGCUCGUGUAGCUCGAAUUAUCUUGGGUCCUUGCACUGAUGUUUUGAGUGCUGUACUUACGAAGGAGAUUUCCCCGCCAACAUUAUCACAGAAAGUUAAAACAUACUUAGCAAAGUUAUCUAAACGAAAACAACCUCCUAUCACCCAAGAACAAGAAAGGAUCAUACACAAGGGAAACUACUCAGACUUCGAUAUAACUUUACUCUAUUUCUUGUUGCGAAAUAUAUCGAACAUACCACCUCAUGCAAAUCAAUGGGGAAAUGAUCCAUCUCCAAGCGACAGGAGUGUUUCUGCAAACAUUGAAAGAAUUCGUUUGAUAAGAAAUAAGUAUGGACAUUGUCCAGAAUUAUCAAUCUCCGACACCGAUUUUCAUCAGAAAAUUCAAGAAAUUUCAGGCAUUAUUCAGGAUUUGGAAAAGUACCUAGGCACAUCUAUCGUUUAUCAGGACGCAGUUGUUGAAAUAAAAACUUGCUGCAUGGAUCCGGAACAGAACUCUGGAUACAUCAACGAAUUACUGAAUUUGGAUAAAAAAAUUCAGGAUCUUUCAGAGAAAACUAAAAGAAUAGAAAACAGUUGUGUUCCCAAGAGUGUUAAAGUUUUGUAUGAAAGGGAUAUUUUUAAAUGGAAAGAAGAAGACGAUAUUUUUGCAGAAACACACAACUUUCCAGUGAUGCUAGAUCAAGUCAGAAAACAGUCAUACGUGACGUUUGUUGGUGUUCCAGGCUCCGGAAAAACAGCAACGGUCCGUCAUAUUGCUCUUAUACUCCAGAAAGAGGGGUAUGAUAUUUUACCAAUAAAUGAUAAGAACAAAAUUGAGGAUUAUUGUAACUCAUUUACACCACAGGUGUUUGUUAUCGAUGAUGUGCUAGGAGUUUUUGGAUUAAAUGCGUUUGAACUUGAUAUGAUAAACAAGUACAGUGAAAGACUUACAAAUCCAAUAAACCCAAAAACCAAAAUUCUCAUGACGUGCCGAGAGGCAGUUUUUAGAAAUGAAAGGCUAUCAGACUGUUGCUUAGUAAAAAAGGAAAAUGUUGUGUUUUUACAUGGUAAAGAAAAUGCAUUAACCGAUGAGGACAAACGAAACUUACUUGAAAAAUUUAAUUUGGACCGGGAUAUUUUGACCGCAGACAAUUUAGCAUCAUCUUCAAACAUGUUUCCAUUUCUAUGUAAACUGUUUUCAAGCAAAAAAGAGUUGCAAUUUUAUGGACCAUCAUUUUUUAUAUCUCCAGUUUUUUGUAUCAUAAAGGCAAUGAAUUCACUGAGAACAGAAAACAAGAUCCAGUAUGCUGCGUUAGUCUUAUUGAUGGCCAAUAAAAACAAAUUGUCAGAAAAAAUAUUGGACAAUGAAGAUGAAGAAAUCAUAGACAACAGGAAAGAAGGAGACUUGUUUGAAAAGAUGAAGUGCAGCAUUCUGAAAAAAUGCAAAGUGUCUGUUACAACAGAUAGUUUUAAAUUGAUUGAUGCUUUAACAGAAAUGGAGGGGACUUACACAAAGACAAGUGUCAGUGGGUUCACUUUUAUUCACGACUCCUUGUUUGAAAUUAUUGCGUAUCAUUUUGGUAGUAUGUAUCCAGAACUAAUUUUGAAAUACGCGAGUAGUGAAUACAUUGCUAAUUAUAUUAAAAUAGAUCAAAAUAACAGCCAAAAUAGAGAGAAUGAAAGUGAAUGCAAAGGAAACAAAUUCAGCGAAAAUGAUCAUAAAAAUGAUGCUAUCAUCGACUUAUGUAUACAACUGCAUGAGUCACAAUACCAUGUGCUAGCUGAACGUUUGUUCAAAGACGUACAGGAUGGAGAACUUUAUAACGUUUUUGGGAACGAAGCUUUAAAAAGUCAAUCAGUGCUUAAAGACUUCACUGCUGUGUUGGAGAAACAUUCGUAUUAUAAUAUAUAUAGUUUAUUUUUAACAGAGUCAGAGAACGCAAAAAUAUGCACAUGGAAUUAUGAACCAAAAAAUGACCGUGAUGAGAAUAUGAAACGCUAUUCUUUGAGAUUUGAUACCCAUGUUUGUCUGAUAAAUGAAAGAGUCAUUCAAAAACGGAUUAGAAGUGUCAGAGGGAUAGCUUGGAUUAUAUUGUUUGGGCAUCAUCACAUUUUGGAAUAUAUUUUAAGUCAAAUCAUUAAAGAAAAAGGAAACGUUGAUGACCUUUUUGUUAAUUCCUUUAAUAAGCAUUUCCAACUUUCCAUCAUGAAUCAGCACAUUACUGAAGAUGUGAGUUCGUUUAAUCAUAGUAAGAUAGGUGAAACAUUAAAAAUAAACGAUUUUGACGAAGGCUACAAAACAGAUAUUGAUAAAAAUAGAAACACUGUUGCUGGCGCAGAUAAUGAUACAAAUGCUGACACACAUGUGGAUACUUCUGUUGAUACAUAUUGCGAACCUGUAAUUAUAGAACAAUGUCGCCUGCUUUGUCUCGGUUGUUAUUCUGGAGAUCUCAAUACCGUGCAAAUAUUACUCAAACACAUAAAUGCAGACACUCUUAAUUACAAGUUUGGUUAUACAGGAUUUUUUUGGGGGAAAAUUCCAUUACUCAUUGCUUGUAGAUGUGGAUUUGAAGAUAUAGCCAUGGAACUAAUAGAAGCUGGGGCUGAUAUCAACAUAUCUCAUCGCUGUUCUACACUUCUACAAAUUGUUUGUGAAGAUAGCUUAGCAAAAAAGUUAUUGAAAUUUGGUGCUGUCAAUGAAUAUACACCAUUACAAUGCGCAUGUGAGGAAGAAUUCGAGACUUUAGUUGAAAAGCUAAUAAAAGCAAAAGCUGAUGUAAAUCUAAACGUCCCCCUCAUCAAUGCAUGCAUAAAAGGUAAUUUGUGUAUUGUAAAACAGUUGAUAAAAGCGGGUGCUGAUAUCAAUCGUUCAAAAUACGGUGUAUCACCACUAUUAGCUGCUUGUAGCAAUGGACAUUUUAAUGUAGUUAAAAAGUUAAUAACAGUGGGGGCUGAUGUAAAUGUAAACAUGAAGGAUGAAGCCGAUCGUGCAAUUCAGAUGGAAUGUUUGUUCAAAACUGAUGGGUUAAUACCACAAGGUAUGAAGAUAAUGAUGGAAGAAUUAACACCACCGAUUGCUGCAUGUGAUUACGGCUAUUUCAGAAUUUUGAAAUUGUUGAUAAAAUCAGGGGCUAACGUUGAUCCAAACAAUAACGAAAAAACUACUCAUAACUUUCCGAGUUAUUGGGACCAUUUGAAUAUAGUCAAACGUUUAAUCCAAAUGGAGUCCAAUGUUAGCCAUAAUUCAAACGAAAUAUCAUUUAUAACUGCAUGUGAUUGUGGACAGUUAGAAUUAGUUAAACAGAUGAUUAAAGAUGGAGCUGAUGUUGAUAUGAAAGAUGGGGAUAAAACACCGCUGAUAGUUGCAUGCUUUAAAGAACAUGUACUCGUAGUUAAGGAAUUGAUUAAAGCGGGGGCAGAUGUCAAUCUAGGAAAUGAGUUUAUUUCACCUCUGCAAGUAGCCUGUUAUGAAGGACAUUUGAGUAUAGUCAAAGAGUUGAAAAUAGCGGAGUUUGACGGAAAUCAAACAACAACUGUUUAUAAAGGGCUAAUAGGCGCAUGCUUUUUUGGACAUUUCAGUAUAGUUAAGGAGUUGAUUACAUGCCAUGUUGAAGUCAAUCUAAAAUAUGGAAAAGAAACACCGCUAACAACUGCAAGUUUUAUGGGACAUUUAAACAUUAUCAAAGAGUUGAUAAAAGCAGGGGCUGAUAUAAAUCUGAACAAUGGAGGUAGUACACCACUGGCACUUGCAUGCUAUCGUGGACAUAUCAAUAUAGUAAGAGAGUUGAUACAAAAUGGAGCCGAUGUCAAUCAAAGUGAUGAAAAAGAAACGUCACUAACAACUGCAUGUGAAAGAGGACACAAUGAUGUGGUCGAGGAGCUAAUAAAAGCGGGAGCUGAUGUCAAUCAAAGCGAUGGAAACAAAACACCACUAACAGCUGCAUGUGAAGGAGGACACGAUGAUGUGGUCAUCCAGCUAAUAAAAGCGGGAGCUGAUGUCAAUCAAAGCGAUGGAAACAAAACACCACUAACAGCUGCAUGUGAAAGAGGACACAAUGAUGUGGUCAUGCAGCUAAUAAAAGCGGGAGCUAAUGUCAAUCAAAGCGAUGGAAACAAAACACCACUAACAGCUGCAUUUGAAAGGAGUCACGAUGUGGUGGCCAGGGAGCUAAUAAAAGCGGGAGCUGCUGGGGCUGAUGUCAAUCAAAUUGAUGGAAAGGAAACACCACUUACGACUGCAUGUAAAGAAGGGAACACCAUGGUGGUCGAGAGCCUAAUAAAAGCGGGAGCUGAUGUCAAUCAAAGCAAUGGAAAAGAAACACCACUUACAGCUGCAUGUGAAAGAGGAGGACACCUUUUGGUGGUCGAGGAGCUGAUUAAAGCGGGAGCCGAUGUCAAUCAAAGCGAUGUAAACAGCACACCACUAAUAACUGCAUGUAAACAGGGGAAUUGGCUUGUGAUCACACGUUUGAUAGGAGCGGGAGCUAAAGUCAAUCAAAGCAAUAGAAACAAAACACCACUUACAGCCGCAUGUGAACAGGAGGAUUGGCUUGCCAUCGUAUUUUUGAUAGACGCUGGGGCUGAUGUCAAUCAAAGCGAUGGAAAAGAAACACCACUUAUAGUUGCAUGUGAAAAUGGGAAUGCUACAGUGGUCAAACAUUUGAUAAAGGCUGGGGCUGAUGUAAAUCAAGUCGUUAGAUACAAAACCCCACAUUCUGUUGCAUAUGAAAAGAACCAUUGGAUCGUUUUAGAAGAGCUAAAUAAAGCAUUCAUUGAUGCCAUUAAAAGUAAGAGAAGCCAAACAAUCAUAUACCAACGCAAAUCAUGA